GACUGAUAAAUUAAUAAUAGAUAUUCAGCGAUUGACCCUCUCGGCGAGAUGGUAAGAGACUGAAAGAAGAGUGGAUGAAGCUUUUUCUUCCGUCCGCCAUUUUUGGUUGCGAAGCCAAGGCAAGGCAUGCAAAUGUGCGGCGUCCCUGUUCGAACCCCCUCCUGGUUUUCCACUCGGAGGCUCUUCGAGCAGAAGCUUUCAGAUCUCCAUAAGUGCACAGACCUCAACCAAGUGAAGCAACUCCACGCCCAAAUUCUCAAAUCCAAUCUCCACCUCGAUCUCUAUGUCGUUCCCAAGCUCAUCUCCGCCUUCUCCCUCUGCCGCCAGACGGCCCUCGCCACCCACGCUUUCAAUCAAAUUCAACGCCCCAAUGUCCAUUUGUACAACACUCUGAUUCGAGCCCACGCCCUGAAUUCGCAGCCCUCGCAGGCUUUCGCUGCUUUCUUUGCUAUGCAAUGUGGUGGAUUUUACCCAGAUAAUUUCACCUUCCCGUUUCUUCUUAAAGCUUGUUCUGGUCAGGUAUGGCUUCCAGUUGUUGAAAUGGUACACGCCCAGAUUGAAAAAUUCGGGUUCAUGUCGGAUAUAUUUGUCCCGAACUCUCUCAUUGAUUCCUAUUCCAAGUGUGGGUCUCGCGGAAUUUCGGCUGCGAAGAAGUUUUUUCUGUCGAUGGGGGAUAGGGAUAUUGUGUCGUGGAAUUCAAUGAUCUCUGGAUUGGCGAGGGCUGGGGAGUACGGAGAAGCCCGCAAGGUGUUCGACGAAAUGCCUCAGAGGGACGAAAUUAGUUGGAAUACGAUGUUGGAUGCUUAUGUGAAGGCUGGAGAAAUGGACGAUGCGUUUAAGUUGUUUGAUGAAAUGCCUGAGCGGAAUGUUGUCUCUUGGUCGACGAUGGUGUUGGGGUACUGUAAGGCGGGGGAUAUGGAGAUGGCACGAAUGCUGUUUGAUAAAAUGCCUGUGAAGAAUUUGGUUUCUUGGACUAUAAUUAUCUCUGGGUUUGCUGAGAAGGGGCUGGCCAGAGAGGCCAUUGGCUUGUAUGAUCAAAUGGAAGAGGCUCACUUGAAAUUAGACAAUGGGACUGUCAUAAGUAUUUUGGCUGCUUGUGCAGAGUCUGGCUUGCUUAGGCUUGGUGAGAAAGUUCAUUCCUCUAUUAAUAAGAACAAUUUCAAUUGCACUACUGAAAUAUCCAAUGCUUUGGUUGAUAUGUAUGCAAAAUGUGGUAGAUUGGAUAUGGCUUUUAAUGUGUUUAAUGGAACAAGAAAUAAAGAUGUUGUGUCUUGGAAUGCCAUGCUCCAAGGUCUGGCAAUGCAUGGGCAUGGAGAGAAAGCGCUUGAGCUUUUCAAAAGAAUGAAAGAAGAGGGCUUCUCCCCUGACAGAGUUACAAUGAUCGGAGUCUUGUGUGCUUGUACGCACGCUGGCUUGAUCGACGAUGGCACUCGAUACUUCCAUAAUAUGGAAAGGGACUACGCCGUUGUUCCUGAAAUCGAGCAUUACGGUUGCAUGGUAGACCUUCUGGGUCGCAAGGGAAGGCUUGAAGAAGCCAUCAGGCUCAUCCACUCCAUGCCGAUGGAACCGAAUGCUGUCAUUUGGGGUACCCUUUUAGGGGCGUGCCGUAUGCACAAUGCUGUUGAACUUGCGAGAGAGGUUCUCGAUCAUCUAGUUAAGUUGGAACCAUCUGAUCCGGGUAAUUUAUCCAUGUUGUCGAACAUAUACGCUGCAGCAGGGGAUUGGGAUUGUGUCGCUGAUGUGAGGCUGAGAAUGCGGAGUAUUGGAAUUCAGAAACCGUCGGGUGCUAGUUCCAUUGAGGUCGAUGAUGAGGUUCAUGAAUUUACGGUGUUCGAUCGAUCCCAUCCAAAAUCUGAUAAGAUAUAUCAGGUGAUUAAAGGGUUGCGCCGUGAACUUAAACAAGUUGUGUGCUUUUCAAACAUGUGUUAAUAGAGUUCGAAGUAGUUAUAGAAUUGUAACUCUAAGUCUCUACCAAGGAUUUUGUGUGAAGGGAGAUAAAAAUUUAAACAAGGUUUUGCCCACAACGUUUUAAUAUCUAAUGGAAAUUAAAAUAUGAAGGGAGAAAUUGAAACUUUCA